AUGGCACGAUAUCGAGUGUACACUGAUAGAGGUCUUGGUGCGUCAUCGUCACUUCGUAGGGUUAUAUAUAGUCGCCAAACAGGCGAGGACCUUGUGCGGAAAGCGUCUUCAAAGACAGCCUGGAUUUCGGAAGUUCAUCGACAUGUCUACUCCGUUUGUCGGUCUUUCAAUGCGGCGAACGCACUAGUGAUUGUGUCCACCGAGGUCAAUGCUUAUACACCUAAAGACCGCGCGCUCGGCCUGCGGUUGAUGCUCGACGUGUUGGAUGACGAGCUCUCAGUUAGUGAAGCAUUGCUAGCGUACCGAUGUAUAAAGCGGAACGAAGCGUUUGCACUGGAACAUCCAAGUUGUAGUCUAUCGCGUGUGCUCGUUGUUAAUGCUUGCGAGCUUUGCGCGGAGUAUCUGUGCCAUUGCGUGUGUGGACGAGACGUCAACUAG